AUGGGAAAACAUAGACACACUAAAGAUCGUAUGUUUAUUUCAUACACCGAGCAUAAAAUGGAAUGGGGUGGUAAAAAAGAUCCAGAAAAAGUUCCUAUGAGUAAAUUACCAUUUUUUUGCUGUAGUUUGAGCUUAACUCCUUUUAAAAAUCCUGUAUGUUCUCCAGAUGGAAUUGUAUUUGAUAUUAUGAGCAUCAUUCCUUACAUAAAAAAGUAUAAAAAAAAUCCAGUCACAGGCGAGGAUUUAAAAAUUAGCGAUUUAAUUACUUUGAAAUUUUCUAAAAAUGAUAAUGGUGAAUAUUAAGAUCCAAUUUCUUUUAAAGUAUUCACUGACCAUACUCACAUUGUAACAAUUAAGACUUCAGGCAAUGUAUACAGCUUCGAUACAGUUGAUAAACUUAACAGAGAAGCAAAGUAUUGGUAAGAUUUAAUGACUGGAGAAAAAUUCACACCAAAAGACAUCAUAACUUUGAAUGAUCCUAAAAAUUUAGAAAAUAGAACUAUCAAAAAUUUUGAUUAUAUAAGAAAUAAUAUUGAAGUUGAAUUGAAAGAUAAAGGAAAUGAUGCCUUUAUCAAUAAGAAUGAAGCUACAAAAAAUAUUCUUACCAAAUAUUAAGAAAAACAAAAGUAAGAAAAUCUUGAACAGAAAAAGAAAGACGAUGAAGAAAUAGAAUAAAUUAGGAAAUAGAGAAAGGAAGAAUUAGAGAAACUUGAAAAAGGAGAGCAAAUUCCUGUUGCUGAUUUUAUAAAAUCAGCUAUUAGAAACAGAGAUUUCAUUCAUUAGAGAGAAACUACUAGUGAUGUUGCUGUCAGUGUUACAAGUACAGCCUCUGCAGUUAUGAGAGAAUAAGGAAGUUUAGAAUUCAGAAGUUUAAAUGAAACAGAAAUUAGAAAGAUUAUUCAUGAUUAGGUCAAAAAUAAAUAAAUGAAGGGCUAUGUAAAUAUUAUAACUAAUAUAGGAGAAAUAUAAUGCAUGAUUCAUGCAAAUUUUGUUCCUAAAACAUCUGAAAAUUUCCUCGAAUUGUGUGAAAAAGGUUAUUAUAACGGAAUUAAAUUCCACAGAUUAGUAAAGGACUUCAUGAUUCAAGGAGGAGAUCCAACUGGUACUGGAAGAGGUGGCGAGUCAAUUUUCGGAUAUAAAUUUGAAGAUGAAUUCCAUGCUAAAAUUAGACAUAGCAAGCCAGGUAUUCUAAGUAUGGCAAAUUCAGGGCCAAACACAAAUGCAUCUUAAUUCUUUAUAACUCUUGGAGAGUGUGCAUGGUUAGAUGAGCAGCAUAAUGCUUUUGGUGAAGUAAUUGGAAACCAAUUAACCUUACAUAAAAUAAAUACCCAUCCAGUAAAUGGAGAAAAACCAGCAACUCCAAUAACUAUUGAGAAAAUCAUAGUAGUUGAAAAUCCUUUUAGAUAAGUCAUAGUCAAAAUGUAGGAAUAAAAAAGAGAAAAGCUGAAAGAAGAAAAACGUAAAGCUUCAGAAAAAGAAAGAGAGCACGAGAGAUGGAUUAGCAAUGAUGAUAAAUUUAUUUUACCUAAACUUGCUGAAACUGAAGAAAAGCCUAAAAUAAAAUCUGCUGGCUUAGCAAGCAUGCUUACUGAUCCUAAAAAUUCAAAUUAUGAUAUACUACCAAAGGAAAAGCACAGAAAAAAUUUUAAUUUUUCUGACUGGUGA